GAAGAAACCUCAAGUACGACCAGAAUGGACGAUAACACCCAUCCUACAGACAAGCCUACCCUCCCAGUUGACUUGAGCACUCUUCCGCCCGAAGAGUUCAACCAUGUCUGCCAACUGGCCACCCAAAUGCAGGAAAAGACAUCUGCCGAAGAUAUCCAGCUGAUUGGGUCAAUGCUGUCCAAGAUAACACCAGAGAAGGCGCAAUAUCUUGCCACCCAGAAUAUGGAUCCCAUGACCUACUUCUUCCGAACUCAGGCGCUGUAUCAUUUAAAACGGGAGCGACGCACUCAGGAGAUGGCGCACUCUGAAUCUGGCGCUUCUGCUUCCGUUCAAGAUAAAUGAGGCCCACUGUCACCCUCCAGGCUAGAUUCCUGCGGAUAGUAGAUGUUCCUGAGAAAAUCAACAUGAGGACAGGUUCUAUGUUUCUGGUAACCAUAGCUUGAGCCAAGAAAUGUGAAAUAGUCUACCAGAUCGCCAAUCAUGAAACUUGUCCAAUCGUCAAUGGCUGGUAUGUCGAACGAAGUUUGAUCGGGCCAUUCAUAGUACAGGAUGAUCGUUCAUCAGAUAAGAUAUGAUAAGAUCCUUGUCCUUGUCUAUAAUAUCCCUAUCUAUCAAAUCUCCAAUACAUCUCCAACGCUAAGAAUGCAUCUCAGUGUUGUUCAUUAAACCGAUUAGUCAUUAAAGGGGCAAU